AGUGGAUUCGCCAUUCGCAGCAUAAAGAGAGGUCGAUUUCUCCUUUUCAAAAAAAAUCGCUUCUGAUUUCGAAACACCCCCCUUUUUGUCACCAGGAAGAGGUAGGUGUCGGCAUGUCGGGUUGCUGUUGGAACGAAACGAAGAGAGCACACGCAGCUGGAAGGAGGAUCGGGGCUUGAGGAGCCAGUUUGUGCCGCUAGAAUUUCCCCUCCUCACCGACCAAAUCAGAGCUGCGUAAUCACAGCCGCAUUCGAGCAGUACGCGGCAGCUACUACGAAAGCAGGACGCGUGAGUUCCAAACCCCUGGCAAGUGUUUGUGUGGGCCAAGCUAAGCGACAUGAUGUUCCUGUCAACGCUGUGUGUAGAAAAAUGAACCCCGAGAAGCUUGCCAAGCUCCAGGCCCAGGUCCGCACCGGCGGUAAGGGCACUCCCCGCCGCAAGGUCAAGGCUGCGCACAAGCCGGCCGUGAAGGAGGACAAGAAGCUGGCAUCGACCCUAAAGCAGCUGAACGUGCAGCCGAUCUCUGCCAUUGAGGAGGUCAACAUGUUCCAUGAUGACGGCAAGAUCACCAACUUUGUUGCCCCGCGUGUCAGCGCGUCGAUUGCCGGCAACACUUUUGUCAUCGCUGGCAAGAGCCAGAACAAGGGUAUCGAGGAGAUGUUCCCGGAGAUCCUGUCGCAGCUCGGCCCCGACUUCCAGAACCAGGCCAACAUUGGCAACGUCGACGACGACAUCCCCGAGCUCGUCGAGGCCGAGGAUGAGGCCGCCAAGGGCGAGACCUGA